GAGCGCUCCAGGCCCGGCGGAUCCCCCUCAGCGCUCUCCCGGCCCCACCGCCCAUGGACUCCCCGCCGCGCCCGCAGCGCCCCGCGCCGCCUCCUCCGGCCCCGCGCCGCCCGCCGCCCGGGCCCCCUCCGGGCCCCGACACAGGCGAGGUCCUGCAGCAGAUCAUGGCCAUCACCGACCAGAGCCUGGAAGAGGCGCAGGCCAGAAAGCAUGCUCUGAAUUGCCAUCGGAUGAAGCCAGCUCUCUUCAGUGUGCUCUGUGAGAUCAAGGAAAAGACAGUGUUAAGCAUCCAUGGCAUUCAAGAAGAAGGUCCCCCCAGUGCUCAGCUCAUGAGGCUGGAUAACAUGCUGCUGGCCGAGGGGGUAUCCAGGCCGGAGAGGCGAGGAAGGGGAGGAUUGGCGGCAGCGGCCAACACAGCAACACCAGGUGGCUGUCCAAAUGACAAUAGCCUUGAGCACUCUGACUACAGGGCCAAGCUGUCCCAGAUCCGACAGAUUUACCACUCUGAGCUAGAGAAAUAUGAACAGGCCUGCCGUGAGUUCACCACGCAUGUCACCAACCUCCUCCGGGAGCAGAGCAGGAUGAGGCCCGUCUCGCCCAAGGAGAUCGAGCACAUGGUCAGUGUCAUCCACGGCAAGUUCAGUGCCAUCCAGAUGCAGUUGAAGCAGAGCACCUGCGAGGCUGUGAUGACCCUGCGUUCACGGUUCCUCGAUGCCAGGCGCAAGCGGCGGAACUUCAGCAAGCAGGCCACCGAAGUGCUGAAUGAGUAUUUUUACUCCCAUCUGAGCAACCCUUAUCCCAGCGAAGAAGCCAAAGAAGAGCUGGCCAGGAAGGGCGGCAUCACGGUCUCCCAGGUCUCCAACUGGUUCGGCAACAAAAGAAUCCGAUAUAAAAAGAACAUGGGGAAGUUUCAAGAAGAGGCUACCAUUUAUACGACUAAAAUGGCAGUCGACACCACCAAAGUCGGGGGCCUAGGGAGCCAGGCUAGCUGCCCAUCAACACCCAGCCCCGGUCCCUCUGGUCCCUUCCCGCUGACCAGUGCCGGGGAUGCGCUUAUCACCCUGCAGACACUGGCCUCUCUCCGCCCCGCCCCUGCAGGAGGCAGCUUGCGGUCCCAGGAGUGUACCCUACAGUGCCGGCUGACCCCCCACUGAUUUACCCGCAGCCCCUAGUUGGUGCAGGAAUGGAUGCCUGCUGGUGCCAUUUGGCAGGACCUGGUGCAGGGCGAUGCAUGUGCCAUCGCCACGGUAACCCUACAGCCCAUCUUGAGCACUGGGGCAGAGCAGGGAGCUCUGGCGCCACCAAAUGGCCCAGCCUCAUCUUGCUCUGUGCCUUCCCGGGGCCCAGUGCCUCAGGUAUGAUGGGUGGGGAGCUGAUAGACUAGGUCCUUCCUUACCCCUAGAACCAGCCCCAGGAGAUCUGGAGCUGCCUAAGUCCCGAUGGGGUUUCCCUGGACCAUGAGGCAGGGUCCUAUCCUCCCCACAGAGUAAGUGGGAAUGUCCUUGGUCUGGUGCGGACACCCCUCCUGUGCUGGGGGGGGCACAGUUGCUCUUUCAAGAGAGCCGUCCCGAGGGCUGAGGCCGUCUGGCCGGAAGCUAUCGCCUCCACCCGUGACCCGAGGAACGUCUGGGCUGCCCUUUGGCUUCCAGUCCCACGCCUGGACACUAGCCUGUCAACCCUCAGUCCUGUGGACGGACCCGUCCCUUCACCACCCACGGCCUCCUUCCCGGAACACAGGCCUGCGGGUGUCCAUCGAGGGCAGGGUAUCCCCCUGAGGUCGGUGCUCAUCCCAGCCGCUUCCAGUCGGAGGGGCCAGGCACCCCCGUGUCACGGGAUGAGGCAGCUCCCUCAGGAAUACAGCAGUCUGUCCGUCCGCUCACCUGACCCUGGCCUCUGAAGUGCAGGUGCCGUGGCAGCGCCGGGGGACACGUGGCGAGGGAAGAGCUGAGGCGGGGAGGGGCGAGGGGCAGGGUCCUUGGCCUGGUGGGAUCCGAUGAGGUAGAGGGCACUGGCCGGAGGGCUCAGCCUGUAAGGGAAAGUACUAGAGAGAGGAAGGGAAGGAGGAACUCGUGUGGCCUCCUGCCAGCUCAGGAGGAGCCGAGUGAGGGUCACAUGCAGGGUGUGACGUCUGCACACCUGGGAGCAGGUGGCUCGGACAGAAGCCACCCUGCAGCGCAGGUUGGGAAGGGGAGUGGCCCUGCUCUCGUGGGCUGCAAAAGGCCUCGCCACGGAGCAGACCGCCCUCGAAGAGCCAUUUUCAAUGAUGUUUUCCAUUGCAGUUGGGGGGGGGGGUCCUGUGGACAAAUAUCCCAAGACCGCAUGUACCCGCCACUGUCCCCACACCGCAGACAGAGCCCCUGUGCCUGGGAGCCGUGGCUGCUGCCCUUCUGGCUGCCCAGCCAGACCCAGCGUCCAGCCGGGUUUCCAAGCCCUUCUGGCUCACUGCCUCCAGCCAUGAUGAUUCAGGGACCGUCAUCAGCUCCAGGCCGGACUGGGUCUGUCUCCCCCUCAGAAUGUGCAGAAGCCUCGGCUGCACCACAAUGCCACAUCAGUCCUUGACCAGAGCCCCGGCAGGUGGCCAGUGGAGGCCUCUUCGUGCUGGGGAAGGGCGUUCCCGUCAGGGCUCAGGCGGCGAGGCCAGCUGUGGCCCAACAGGGCUCCUCAGUCCCUCCGCUGGCUCCUGGCUCCUCUUCUGGGUUCUUCUCGGGGGAUGUGGGGGGGGCGCCAUCCGUGGCCUUCUGAUGCUCAGUCUCUGUCUUUCAGGCCCGGGGCGGCUGCCAGGGAGCCACCCCCCCAGUGUCCACCGCUUCACCUGCUGGAGACCCCGGCAUUGUCAGCUCAGACGCAUCUAAUUAA